AUGGCGAUAGCUAUGCCGGCGCCGACUUCCUCCGACUAUUACUCUGGUUACCCGACUGAGUCUCUCCCGCCGACCCCGGUCUUCCCGUCAAACCAGGCGAUGUCGCAGUUUCUGCAGUCUUACGGUCGCAUGCUGCAGCACGUUCAGGCCAACGGUCGUAACGAGCAAACCGGCGACGCUCUGGUGUCCGGCGACUCUCUCGCAGCCGCGGGUGCGACGGUGGUCGAGCGUGUUCACCUUGGCCUCAACGCGCUACUCGGUCACCCCGUUCACGGUGUGCAAGGAGGACAGAGGUGGUGCGAGAAGGAGAUGCAGGUCGAGCGGUGCUUAGCCGAACUCGAGAAGGACAUCGACGGUAUGCGAUCGGCCCACGAGCGACCUCCGCGUGCCGCUACUCUCACCCUCGCCACCGCUCACUGCUACGAAGCCGCUCGCCUCAUUCGCACCCUUUGA